UGGGAGGAAGGUGGUGUGCACAGUGGCUUUUGUGCUCUUCUAAGGAGCAAAGCAGCAGCUGGAAGACAAAGAAGAUGGCAAUAAGAGCACUCAGGACAACUGUAAAUAACAAGCGACAUUGAAAAUCGAAGAAAAUCAAGCCAAAAAUCGAAAUAUUUUCCAUUUCCUUCAGAAACCACACACAAUUCUCCUCCUCCUCCAGAAGUUUUGGCAAAAGAGAGAAAAUCAAGAAAGAAUAAACAGAUUAUGCAGAACUCAAGGAUAAAUUACGUGAAAAGUCAAGGGAGGUUCAUUCAGCAAAAGAGAAAUAUUUGGAAGUCAGUGGGGAGGAAAAGGUCAAUAACAAAAGUCACGUAGAACACACAGGAAUGCAGGCCUCUCCUUGUGAGGAAGAAAACUGCUUGAAUUAAAGCACCACUAAACAAGACGUUGUCCAUAUUUUUGUCGUCCUCAAGAAUAUCAGCUAUGGAAAAGCUCCAUAGAUUUGCCUAUUGUGGGAAAAGCACAGGUUGCACAUCACAGCUGAUUAUGUACUAGAGGAGCCAGAAAGGAGAAAAGCCAUAAAAAUUACCUCAAUGCGGCCAAAUCUUGUCAAAAAGCUCCCUUGGGGUUCAUGGAAGCACCCACACAAGAGAGAAGCCAUAAAAGUGCUCCCAAUGUAGUAAAUGCUUUAGUGAGCAUAGCAAUGUGGUUAUACAUCAGAGAAUUCUCCAUGGAGAAACCCUAUGAGUGUCGAGAAUGUGGGAAAGGUUUUAUUAAAAAUUCCCACCUCAUGAGACACCAUAGGACUCACACAGGAGAGAAACCUUUUGAAUGUCCUCUCUGUGGGAAAUAUUUUAGUGAUAAUUCCAGCCUGGUGAAACACCAUAGGACUCACACAGGAGAGAAACCCUUUGAAUGUCCUCUCUGUGGGAAACGUUUUAGUGAUAAUUCCACGCUGGUGAAACACCAGAGAACUCACACAGGAGAAAAACCUUUUCAGUGUCCUGAUUGUGGGAAACGUUUCAUUAGAAAUUCCCACUUCAUGAUACACCAGAGAAUUCACACAGGAGAAAAACCAUUUGAAUGUCCUAUCUGUGGGAAAAGUUAUAGUGAUAAUUCCAGCCUGGUGAAACACCAGAGGACUCACACAGGAGAAAAACCCUUUGAAUGUUCUGACUGUGGGAAAAGAUACAGUCAGAAUUCCUACCUGGUAAUACAUCAGAGGAUUCACACAGGGGAGAAACCCUUUGAAUGUCCUGACUGUGGAAAAAGGUUCAGUCAGAAUUCCUCUCUGGUAGUACACCAGAGGAUUCAUACAGGAGAAAAACCCUUUGAAUGUCCUAUCUGUGGGAAAAGUUUCAGUCACAAUACCAGCCUGAUGAAUCACCAGAGUACCCACACUGGAGAGAAACCUUUUGAAUGUCCUGAUUGUGGAAAAAGUUUUAGCCAAAAUUCCCACCUCAUGAGACACCAGAGGACUCACCCAGGAGAGAAACCCUUUGAAUGUCCCAUUUGUGGGAAAAGUUUCAGUGAGGAUUCCUAUCUCAUAAUACACCAGAGGACUCACACAGGAGAGAAACCCUUUGAAUGUUCAGAUUGUGGGAAAAGUUUCAGUCGAAAUUCCUACCUUAUGAACCAUCAGAGGACUCACACAGGAGAGAAAUCCUUUCAAUGCCCAGAUUGUGGGGAAAGUUUUGUUAGAAAUUUCCACCUCAUGAGACACCAGAGGACUCACACAGGAGAGAAACGCUUUAAAUGUCCGGAUUGUGGAAAAAACUUCAGUCAAAAUUCCCACCUCAUGAGACACCAGAGGACUCACACAGGAGACAAACCCUUUGAAUGUCCUGAUUGUGGGAAAAGUUUCAGUCAGAAUUCCCACCUCAUUAACCACCAGAGUACUCACACAGGAGAGAAACCCUUUGAAUGUCCUGACUGUGGGAAAAGUUUCAGUCGAAAUUCCCACCUCAUGAAUCACCAGAGGACUCACACAGGAGAGAAACCUUUUGAAUGUCCUGAUUGUGGGAAAAGUUUUAGUCGUAAUUCCUAUCUUGUAAUACACCAAAGGACUCAUACCAUGGAGAAAUCUUUCAAAUGUCCAGUCUGUGGACUUUACUUCAAGCAUAAAUCAUACCUAAUUGCACACAAGGAAAUCCACAUGAGGCAAAGGUUGAGUUUAGAGAAGUCUUGAAUUUCAUUUGUGAUCUCCCAUUCAUAAAGUGUAGUUGAGAAAUUGACUGUUUGAAUUCUGGCCUGGUUCUUUUUCAAACUUUUCUCAGGAUUAAGUGGGUAGAGAGAAAAAGAAAGUGGUCAUCAGCAGAAUCUUCUGGAUAUUUCCUUUUGCAGAAGUAGUGGAAUUUCUCAAAAAGAAUUUUGGAUGGUUUUGUAUGUUGAUUAUGGACCCACAAGUGGAAUUUCACUACCUUGGUUUUGCUCAGAUUUUAAGCCUCAGAAUUCCCCACCAGCAUAAAAAUAGUCCUCUAGAUAAAACUAUUAUGGUUCUUGCAAUUACAGUUGUAUGUUGCAACAACUGUUAAGUGAGAUUGCUUUCCUUAACUACCCAAAUCCCCCUGCUCUCCCUAAGGGAGUUACUAAUCGAAUGUGCAAGUUUAAUAAAUCAAAUGUGCAAGACUUGUGGAAGUGGGUGCCAUUUUGCCACACUGUGCACACUGUCAUACAGAAGAGGGACAAAUCUGUUUUGCUACCUUAACAUAAGG